AGAAAAAAAUAGGAUUUUUUACUGUUUUGUUUUGACAACGACGCAUAUUGGCUAUAAUUUUAUUAAGAAGGCAAAAAGUCGACCGAACAGUUCAAAGAAUGUUUCAAUCACCCGAUUAUAGUAACACAUUGUCACUUAAAUUGUCUGAGGUAUUACAGGAUGUUGGUGUCAAUGAAGAAAUCGUGCUGAAAAGAAGAAGAGUAAGCAUGCUGAUGGAAAAUAUUGGAACUGUGUCAUGGAGGUCAGUAGGUAUUACCUCCACUGAAUAUUAUUUUGGGAGUCAGUCUGAAAGCACAACUACUAAUGGACUCAAUUCAGAUACUGACACUAUGUCUGUGAUACAUGAUUAUAAUGUAAUACAGAACUGGUCAGAAUGGAAACAGAAUAAGAUCAAUCUUCUUAUGAUACAGGAUGAGAAUGUCACAAUGGGAUAUUGCUUCUUACAACUGCUUCGUUCGGAUGAGCCUCUCUUUGAGACAAUUAUUCCUGAUAGACAUUAUAUCAGAGACAGUAAAGGGAGGAUAUUAUUGAAAAAUACAAUUAUGAAUAGCUUACAUGAAGAUGCGGAGAGACACGGUCCAUCGAAUGCUGUGCCCGGGGAUGAAGGAUACACUGAUAUUGAUAUAGUGUUUGGUUUUCCUUGUAAUUCAUUGCCACAAUCAGCUUCACAUUUACCGGACAGAAUUAGCAUAGGCGGAUGGCCAACAUCUGAAAUGAUCAGAUAUGUUGUAAGUAAUGGUUGUUUUGUUGUUGGUGCUAGCAGUAAGAUUAGUACUUACCCGGAACUAGAAUGGAGAAUAUCGACAUCAUUAGGAGAAAGAUGCUUCAUGUUUAAUUUAAACAUAACACAAUUACAUUGUUAUGUUUUGAUGAAAAUAAUUUUGAAAACUUUUCUUACACCUCAAAGGGAAAGUGCUUUGUCUAGUUUUAUGUGUAAAACUGUAGUGUUACACUGUAUACAAAACACCGACCGAAACAUUUGGAAAAAGAACAAUCUUUUCACAUGUUUUACAUAUUGCUUGCUUGAACUACAAAGCUAUAUUGAAAAUGAAAAUUGUCCGCAUUUUAUCAAUCCGGAAAACAACCUUAUGGCCGGACAAUUUACUACAGAAGGGAAGCUUGACAUGUUACGGAAGAUAAGGGGCAUAAUACAGAGUGACGGUAGAUGUUUGCUUCGAAUAAGUAUUGAUGAUAUUGGUAAUCGACUACAGGUCAAAUUUCAUACAGAUCGUGCGAUACCUCAUGGUAUACCAACUUCUCGUGACAUAAAUGAAAAGAUUUCGGGUUGGUUAUAUGGGAACUUAGCAAAAAAAAUUAGCAAUAAUUCAUUAAUGCAUUUAAAAAAAUUGUCAAAUGAUAAUAUAAUCAAUCUCAAACAAUGUAUCUUAAAGCUAGCAAGCUAUAGUGUACAUGGAUCCAGAGCAAAACAGAUUGGAAGUCGUUGUUUGUUACCGUUUCUUUAUUCUACCAUUGGGUGUGCAAUGGUAUCAUCAAAUUUUCGACAGAAUAUUGCAGUUCUAAAUGAAGCACUUAAGUGGCUCUCACUAGGUUUAAACUCUGAUGUCUCAUCCGGAAGACUGAAAGCAGCGUCAAGUUUGUAUUGUUUAUAUUUUGUGGAUAGAGCAGAGUGUAUUCUGAGACAAACUGAAAAUCGUUACAACUGUGAUAUUGUUGAACCUGUAUGUGGUUGCACGCGAUAUCCAUUGUCAAAUGAGUCUGCAGACUUUAGAAGAAAAUGUCGGGAACGAAACGAAGAUUGCAUCAAUUGUAUCACAUCAUUUUGUGUCAGAUUCAUACAAAUGGAGAUCAACUGUGUUCCUCGAGAAUUACAAUAUGAAAUGAUGAGAUCUACAAGAGAUGGCAUUCAACACAGGACUUCACUUGAAAGACAAUGGAUGAACUUUGCAGUGGUUGAUUCUCUCCCUUUUCUCUACUUUUUACAGUACAAGACAUACGGACAUCUACAAAGAUACCAAGAUAAACAACGAGCACUAAGUAACCUUAUAAAUAUUACCGUGUCUGGCAAAAACCUUGGUCAUAGGGAGACAGCUCUAAACCUUGUAGGUCAAUGUAUGGAACAGGAGAACAAACCAAUGGAAGCGAUGCGGUGUUAUAUGCUUUCUCUUCAACAAAGAGAAAGGAACAACGCCGCAAAGUUCCAUGUUUGUAAUUUACUGAGAAAGCACGUAUCUCACAAUUAAAUGUUAUGUGAUGCUUGUUAUGCCAAAAGAAAAGCUGAAUGUUUUUCAAACAAAGACAUCAUCGAUAUUUUGUAUAUGUAUAUUCUAAAUUGUAGAGCUGUUCAUUCAAAAGACAUUAAUUACAAUUAUGCAUUUGUCAAAGGACAAGUGUACCAUUUGAGCAUAUACCUCAGUACAGUUCUAUUUACUGUACAGUUGUAUGAUAAAGCAAAUCUAUGAUUGCACUUCAUAUGUUUUCUGUUUAAUUUCAUGGAUAUCAAUACAUGUCCAUUUACUUACACGGACUGUAAACUGCCGAUUGGACUUGGCUGGCACAUUGUUUAAUGUUAUGCCUGACAAUCGUUUAUUAUGAUAACCAUUGCAAAGGGAGCAAAGAAACAAACGUUGCUUAUUAAAUCUCAGUCGCAUCACAGUCUUGUGAAAGAUACGUUCAUUUAUUAUAAGAAACAUAUUUUACAUAAUAUAUCAAAUAAAUGCUUUUUUAGAAAUUUGCCUGAUUUUGAAUUUGAUGUUUGAAGCUAAAUUAAUAAAGGUUUUAUUAAUCCGAACCGCUUUUGAGUCCUUUUUUUAAAUUAUUUUCAUAAAUUCUGUAGUUACUCGAGUAUGUCUCAAAACAACAAUAAUGUGUAAGGAUAAAAUUUGGACCAUCAUCUUUUCACAAAACAUAUUAUAUUCUCAGCUGCCAAAUCGGCACUUACAUAAUCCUUUUUUAACAAGCAAAACAGAUUAUAAUGCUUGUUUAAAUCUAUACCGGGUCGGUGUUCAUGAAAUAAUUUUCCAUUUAAACCUGACAAACAAUCAUUGGUGAAAUGUUAAGAUUUCUCUGGAAAUAUUUGAUAUUUGAAUAAUAACAUAUAAUAACAUUCGAAAUUUGAAAAUUGAACGUUUAUUAAGAUAUUGAUCAUUUAUAUUUAACAUAUGCGGCCAAUCAUUCAGGGAUUUUACUACUCUGGUCCUGGUAGCGUGGACGAUAUCUUGCAUAAAUCUGCCGUCAGGGUACAGAUCCUACUUAAAUAUGCAUUUAUUGUCAAUCUUUGAAGUUACACAAUGCGAGGACAAACGUUGCUUAAAUCAAUAUCAAGUUGAGGCCACUAGCAGUAGAAAAAUAAUGACUUCUUAUCGAUACCAGUACCAAGUAGAUUUCUUUGGGACUCGCGAAAUUGUGAAGAUUCAGACACACACAAUCUUACGAUAAGUUCGUGGUAUUAUGCUCGCGAGUAAAUGCCCCUUCCGCACGAGCAUCUGCUGAGGAUUGUGGCAAGUUAAAAUGUACUCAGUGAAAAUUACCAUCUCUGUUGAUUUUGUAUUUUUCUAUCCUGCUGACACUGAUAUAUACAAACACUAUAAGGGAAAAAACCCGAUUACAUUGUGAAAGCUCGGGAGCAUAAACCAGAAAUGUGUUUAAAAGACACGGACGUCCCGACUA